AUGAGUGACGUUACAGAUCUUGAUACAGAGCUUAGAACUAAUCUUUGUCUAAUGAAUGAUCUUUUCGAUAACAUUCUUAGCAGCGCGAAAAUCCAACAAAACAAUCUUCCAGUUGUAGAUUUAACAACAAGUCAAGAUUUUGCUGCAAUGGGAGAAAUGUUAUUAGGAAAAUUAUCAUUAAUAGAGAACUGCUGUGAUACUGCAGCAGCUUCUACCCAAAAGAAAUACGAUGCAAGAACAAUUAAAGAUAAAAUUGCCGUCAGAAAGAAAGAACUUGCCGCCUUAGAAUCAGAAAACUCCGCAUUGGUAGAAACAGCUAAACGUCAAGAAAAGGCGCUUAGAAAACUGAAUGCUUCUAGUGAUGACACUAUUGAAGCACAACAAAACGUUAUGAAGCUUAAAAGCCAACUCCAAGCCGCACAAAAAGAAAUCAAGCUACUUGAAGAAAGAAGGCACGAUCUUCUUGCAGAAAAUAGAAGAUUAAAAGGUGAAGUAAACAUACAGCAGAAAUCAAUGUCAGGCGAAGCACAAGUAGCGCCACAACAGACAGAUGAAGAAAUUAGAGCUGCAAUUGCAAAUUUGAAACAAAAAGAAGAUGAAUUAGUUGAAAGAAGAGAAAGAGAGAAGAAAGCAUACUUAAAGAAGAUGGCAUCAUUAAAACAACAGAAAGAUGCUUUAGCUCAGCAAAAAGCUGAUUUGGAACAGAGAAUCAAAGAAAAAGAAAUGCAAUUAAAGUUAAUUCAUGAAAAGAGCAAGAAACCAAUCGGCUAUAGAAAAUAA